ACGCUCGUCCGCUAAUCACACUCGGCCGGCAAUCCCUUAUUUUUCAGCCUUUCAUGUAGGUACUAUUCAGCUUAUGCUUUGGCGAAUAACACAAAAUGAGUCAACGAGGAAAACAAUGCUGAUAAAUAUUGUUUAUACAUACUUAAAACUUGCGUGGUCCAUAAAACAUUGACCAUCCUUGAACCUUAUGUAUUGGCAAUAAGGGUUACGAAUUGUCAUUUCAUACUAAACGAUGAUACAUAUUAGCUAGUAAAGAUUUCCAACUCAUUAGUCGCACUCACGCCCUGCUACAAUGUAUACGUAUUGUUAUUUGAUAAUUUUAUUUUGUGUUAAUUUGCUUUAUUUAGGAUGCACAGUUUGUACGAAGAACCAGCCUAUAGUGACCGUGAGGCAAGGGAAGCUACAGGGAGCUGCAGACACGUUGUAUGAUGGAACAACAUACCAUAGUUUCAAGGGCAUCCCGUAUGCCCAGGCACCGUUGGGUCAGCUGAGGUUCAGGGCUCCCCUGCCACCUCAAUCCUGGAAAGGCAUACGCGAAGCGACCGAAUAUGGCUCCAUCUGCGCACAAAAUGAGGGUGAACCAGACUCCGUCUUCCAAGGUAGCGAAGACUGCUUGUUCCUCAACGUCUUCACCAAAUCCCUCCAUGGUCGCACUCCUGUCAUGGUCUUCAUACACGGAGGUUCCUACUUAUCUGGCUCUGGAAACGAUGACCUGUACGGACCAAAGUUUCUCGUUCAACAGGAUGUUGUCCUGGUCACUUUGAACUACAGGCUUGAAGUGCUUGGAUUCUUAAGUGUCGAUACCCCUGAGGUUCCCGGCAAUGCGGGAAUGAAGGAUCAAGUCGCCGCGUUGAAAUGGAUAAAAGAGAACAUUGCAAAGUUUGGAGGAGAUCCCGAUAAUAUUACGAUUUUUGGUGAGAGUUCUGGUGCUUGCUCAGUUACACAUCAUAUCCUAUCGCCGAUGACUAGAGGACUAUUUCAUAAAGUUAUCGCGCAAAGUGGUACCAGUGUACAUGACUGGGCGAUAGGUGAAGGCAGCAAGAGCAGAGCAUUCAGGGUUGGAAAAUAUUUAGGAAGAGACACGAAAAAUACUGCUGAGUUACUUGAGUUUUUAAGAUCUCUACCAGCAGCAAACCUAACUAAAUUGACAUCUGCUACGAGUACGGAUGAUGAGAAAUAUAGAGGACUCCCUGAACGAUUUUUGCCAGUUGUCGAAAAGAAAUUUGAUAACGUCGAAGCGUUUCUAAGCGAAAAUCCUUUGGAUAUUCUUCAGUCAAAAAGAAUGCGUAAAGUGCCUUUAAUGUUAGGAUAUAACUCUGCUGAAGCCAUUAUUAUGAUUCAAGAUAGAUUAGGAAAAUUAGACAUUUACAAUAACAAUCCGUCCUACGACGUGCCUAGAGAAAUCGCUGAGAAACUUACCCAAGAAAACAUGAAUGAUAUGGGGAAAAGGAUUAGAAAAUUCUAUAUUGGCGACAGAGAGUAUACAAAGAACGAUUAUAAGGAGAUAGUCACUAUGUUAUCUGACUUACAUUUAGUGUAUGAUACGCAUAGAUUUACCUACUUGUAUUCUAAACACAACAGUCCCAUUUAUAUGUACAGGUUCAGUUUCGAGAGUGACCUGAACGUUUUCAAGAAUUUCACUAGUAUGGGUUUGGAUUUGAAAGGAGCAUGCCAUGCUGAUGAACUAUUUUAUAUGUUCUCUAAUAACUUUACUAAAGAUGCGUACGAAUCGCAAGAAAAAUUGAAGACUUACGUGUCGAAGGUGACUAAAUUAUGGACAGAUUUCGCUAAAACCAGCAACCCAACUCCACAAAACUGCUCUGGACCAAGAUGGCCGGUAUACACGUCGAAAAACAAGGAAUAUCUGGACAUCAACGUGCAGUCGACGGCGGGAAGCUUCGCUGAGAAACAGAGAGUGGAAUUCUGGGACUCUCUGUAUUGUGAGGCUGGCUUGCCUUGCAUAAAAAAUAACUAAAUAAUAUUAUAAUAAGCUUUCCUCCAUUGUGUUGUCAACGAAUCUUUCUGUGGUCUUGUCUGCCAAUAGUGCCAAAUGGCAAU